AUGGUGAAACAAGAACCAAAGAUCCAAACCAGCACCAAGAAGGAAACGUCUUUGACUUCACCAUCUCAUUCUGCAUCUUCAUCUUCGUCUUUGUGUAAGAACAAGAGCAAGAAGAACAAGAUUAAGAAGUACAAAGGAGUGAGGAUGAGAAGUUGGGGAUCAUGGGUGUCUGAGAUUAGAAUACCAAACCAAAAGACAAGGAUUUGGCUUGGAUCUUACUCAACAGCUGAGGAAGCAGCUAGGGCUUACGAUGUUGCACUCUUGUGUCUCAAAGGCCCUCAAGCCAAUCUCAACUUCCCUGCUUCUUGUUAUUCUUCUUCUCUACAUCUAUUAGACGAAAAGACCGUUCUGUCCCCCAAAUCCAUCCAAAGAAUUGCCGCCCAAGCUGCCAACAACUCAUUUGACCCUUUUGCCCCCUGUUCUUCAUCAGCCGGCUCGUCACCGUCCGAUCAUGAUCAGCAUCACUAUGAUAAUAAUGAUGAUGUGAUGCAAUCUUUGAUAGGGUCUUUCGUGGACAGUCAUGUGUCUUUGACGGAUCCAUCAUCAUGGUAUGAUGCUGAAGAUAAGGGGAUGUUCUUCUUCGAUGAUGGAACUUCGUUUGAUUACUAUCUUCAACUGAAUUCGACGAUGAAUAUGGUCGAUGAGUACUUCUACGAAGAUGCUGAUAUUCCGCUUUGGAGUUUCAGUUGA